UUGUAAUGACACCCAUACACUUGCCCCUAGCUGUAUAAAACCCUCCAUGAAGCGGCGCGCCAGGACGGCCAAUGGGUAGAAGAACAGCUAUCAUCCAUGCAGUAUUUCACCGUACGGCCGCGCAUGCGUACAAGAGCACACUUCCUCCUCCAGUAGCCAAUCACAGUUCUUUUCUCAAACACUAUGCAGGCCGAGCGGCCGUGAAGGGCGCUGCCAUUGGUGGAUUCGAGCGCUUUGACCGCCUGUGAGUUGUGCGGCACUUGGCGGGUGUGCACGGACCCGGUAUUGUGCUGUGUGGACCCCGGUUGUCGCUGGUCACUACAGGAGGGUAUUCAUACCGGCCGCUGACAAGGUAUGAGAGGCGCCUCACUACAGGAGACCGCGCUGUGAGUUGAUGAUGGCAAAAGGUGACAAUGACCCCUUCUUUGUGAAAUUUGUGAAGACUCCAGACAAUACAGAUUUCUUCUAUGAAGCACAUGAGGAAAUCAAAGCAUUUCAGUCUGAUGAAUAUCUACACUUAAUUGAUGACAAAGAGGUUCUCAGCCUAAAAGAGAAAGACAAGUCUCUUUACAUAUGUGAUCCAUUCACUGGUACUGCUUUUAACCAUCUCAAGAAGCUUGGCUGUCGAAUAGUUGGACCCCAGGUGGUUAUAUUCUGCAUGAAACAUCAAAGAUGUGUUCCCCGUGCUGAAUACCCAGUCUUCAACAUGGCUAUGGCUGAUGUCACAAUUUCAUGCACAAGUCUGGAUAAAGAAACCAGGGAAGAAGUUCAUCAGUUUGUGCAGUUGAUGGGGGGUUGUGUCUACAGGGAUCUGAAUGUUUCAGUCACCCAUUUAAUUGCGGGAGAGGUUGGCAGCAAAAAAUAUCUUGUGGCAGCCAGUUUAAAGAAACCCAUUCUUCUGCCUUCAUGGGUAAAAGCCCUGUGGGAGAAGUCACAACAGAGGAUAAUAAUCUACACAGAUGUUGAUAUGGAGGAAUAUGUAUGUCCCAUCUUCCUUGGCUGUACCAUCUGUGUGACUGGAUUGAGCAGUCUGGAUAGAAAGGAAGUUCAAAGGCUUUCUUCUGUUCAUGGAGGGCAGUAUACUGGUCAGCUCAAAAUGAAUGAGUCCACACAUCUUAUUGUGCAUGAGGCCAAAGGUCAAAAGUAUGAGUGUGCUAGAAAAUGGAAUGUGCAUUGUGUCUCAAUCCAGUGGUUCUUUGACAGUAUUGAAAGAGGCUUUUGUCAGGAUGAGUCAAUGUACACUUUGGAACCUGUGUUAUCAGCCAAGACAAUGCCAGAGACCUCUACUCCUACAAGCAGCAAACUAGAUAAUCGGGCAUUGUCUGAUGUUAGCCAUAUUUCGAAUAUUAGUACCAGCUGUGUGAAUGAAUCUGCUUUUAAUUCUGUGAUGAAUACAAGACUGGAACCUCCAGUGGACACUCUUGAAAACUUGGACAUUAGUUCUUUACAGGCCCCAGAAGAUCUGCUUGAUGGCUGCAGGAUAUAUGUGUGUGGUUUUGGCGGAAGAAAACUGGAUAAGCUGAGGAGGCUCAUUAACAGUGGAGGGGGCGUGCGGUUCAAUCAGCUCACCGGCGAUGUUACCCAUGUUAUUGCUGGAGACAAUGAUGAGGAACUGAAGCAGUUUUUUCACAAGACUGAUCACAGGCCUUAUGUUCUUACUGUAAAGUGGUUAUUAGACAGUUUUUCAAAGGGGGUCCUGCAACCUGAGGACACUUACUUUCACUCCUCUUAUAAACCUGCUGAGAUCCAAGCACCAGCUCAACCAGUUCUCAUUUCCUCUCUUCGAAAGACAAGCAGUAAAGUACCACCAAAAACAGACAGCCUGGCUCAAAGUCAUCAAGCUGAUGAAGACCUGCUGUCUCAGUACACAGAAAAUGAUUCCACCCUAAAUCCAAAGAUCCAUGAGACUUCAAACCAAAAUGAUGUGUCCCAGUUGAGUGUACAGGGUGAUAUGCCCUCUUACAGCAGCCAAAGUGGCUUUGGAGAAACUACUACAAUCAUUGAAGGUGGCUUGUUCAGUAAGAAAAUAUUUUUGGUCUUGGGUUUCGUUGAGGAGGAUGAAGCUUGCAUAAGAGACAUAAUAAAAAAGAAUGAUGGUAAAGUGUUAUCUGUGCAGAAGAGAAUGAUUGCGGAUUAUGCUGUGGUGCCUCUACUGGGCUCCGAGGUGGAGGCUACAGUAAAAGAAGUGGUGACUAAUGCUUGGCUGGGAACGUGCAUAGAACAGGAAAAGCUUCUGGACCCUUAUUCAAAUUCUCUGUUCACACCAGUAGUUUGUGUGGAAGGCAGCACACCAUUGAAAGACUGUGUCCUUUCCGUGAGCCAGUUUAUGGGUGCUGAGAGGGAUUCGUUGGUUUAUCUUGCAGGCAUCCUUGGAGCCAAGGUUCAAGAAUUUUUUGUAAGAAAAGCAAAUCCUAAAAAAGGGAUGUUUGCCAGCACACAUCUUGUUCUUCGACAACCCGAGGGCUCUAAAUUUGAGGCAGCUAAGAAAUGGAACUUGCCUGCAGUAACUAUGGAAUGGUUACUACAAUGUGCCAGAAUUGGCAAAAAAGUAGAUGAAAGUCGUUAUCUUGUUGAGAAUGCCUGUGAAGAUGAUAAAGAAGAAAGUUUUAUAAGCCAGACUUAUAGACCAACAACAGUCAGACCUACCCUGGAUACACCAGACCGUCAAGUGCAUUGUCCAGAAGCCUUGAAAAAGGCAGCAGUAACCCCUUUAGAUAUGAAUCGCUUUCAGAGCAAGGCAUUCCAGUCUGUAUUGUCGCGACACAACAAAAAAGUUUCAACACCUGGUGGAGAGAGUAAACUGCCAGUAAGGGAACCAUCUUUGCAUUUGGAUACACCAUCUAAAUUUCUAUGUAAAGACAAGCUCUUCAAGCCCUCGUUCGAUGUUAAGGAUGCCCUGGCUGCGCUAGAAACACCAGGUGGAGCCAACCAGAAGAAUAGGGCCCAGAGUACUCCAUUGUCAGAAGUUAUUGGUAGAAAUAUGCAACUAGCUCUUGCAAACAGUAAUCGGCAAACUGCUGCUAUCACUGCUAGUCCUCAGCUAAAGACUACUGAGCAAAAAGCGAUAAAUCAAGAACCCAGAAUACUGAAUGAUGUAGUUAUAUGUGUGAGCAAAAAGCUUAGCAAGAGACAAGGGGAGCUUAAUGGUAUAGCAGCCUCACUCGGAGCAGAGUACAGGUGGUGCUUUGAUGAAAGUGUAACUCACUUUAUUUAUCAAGGAAAGCAGAAUGACACCAACCGAGAAUUCAGAUCUGUAAAGGAAAGGACUGGCGUCCACAUAGUUUCUGAACAUUGGCUGUUGUCUUGUGCAGAAGAGCAAAAGAAAGUUCCAGAGCCUCUCUAUCCUCAUACAUACAAUCCGAAAAUGAGCCUUGAUAUCAGUGCUGUACAAGAUGGAGCGCAUUGCAGUAAACUUUCUACAACAAUCUCCAAGCAUGAGUAUGAUGGCGUAACAGAUCAAGAUGAUCAAAUAGUAGAAAUUUCUCCUAUAAAGACAAAUACUGGUAAUGCUCAAAAUGAAAGAAGUGAAGUGAAAGGAGCUCUUACACAGACACUAGAGAUGAGGGAGAAUUUCCAGAGACAGCUCCAAGAGCUGAUGUCAGCGACAUCAAUGGUGAAGGCAAAAGGACAGAGGACAUCAUUAAGCAGGACAGGGUUCGAUAACUCUCCUUGUACUCCUGAAGGAGUUCGUUCCACUAGAAAUGGGCGUAGCCGGGUGCUGGAAGCAAGAAGAAAUUCCCGCCAGCCCACAGCAGACCUCAAUACAGAGCCAUCACAAAAUGAGCAAAUAAUUUGGGAUGAUCCCACAGCAAGAGAAGAAAGAGCAAAACUAGCCAGCAACUUACAGUGGCCUAAUAGUCCUUCCCAAUAUAUGGAACCUCCUCAGCCUAAUGUGAAAACCCAAAAUGAUGAUCCAGCCCAAUUUAAGGAAUCCUUAACUGAUACAGACUUGGCUAAUAUGGAAGCCUGUGAAACUAAUAACACAACAGCUGAGGAAGCAUUUAGAAAAGGAAAAGACCUCCAAUCUCCAGCUAAAGAAGACCGGCUAAUCCCAACUCCACAGGCUCCUAGUAUUGCGUUCCCACUAACCAAACCCAUGGUGGCCCCACAACCAAAAGAAAUGAUUGAAAACCUAGUAACUGAAGAGAAAGAUAAGGAGCGUCGAUUUCAGCUUUCUUCCUUAAAUCCCCAGGAAAGAAUUGAUUACUGCCAGCUCAUUGAGGAGCUAGGUGGAAUUGUGAUAGACAAACAAUGCUUUGACCCAAGCUGUACACAUAUUAUUGUUGGACACCCUCUCCGUAAUGAGAAGUAUCUUGCUUCAAUGGCAGCAGGAAAAUGGGUGCUUCAUCGAUCUUACCUGGAGGCCUGUCGAGCUACAAAGCGUUUUAUUAAGGAAGAUGACUAUGAAUGGGGAAGCAAUUCCGUAUUGAACGCUGUUAGUGGCAUUAAUCCCCAACAACGUAUGCUGGCUGAAGCAGCAAUGAGAUGGAGGAGGAAGCUACAGAGAAUAAAGCAGGAUACUGGUAGUGUGGAGGGUGCUUUCACUGGAUGGAGAGUUAUAUUAAAUGUUGACCAAGCAAAAGAAGCCGGAUUUAAGCGUCUCCUGCAGUCUGGAGGAGCAAAGGUAUUUGCUGGCCACGCUCCCUCCCUGUUUAAGGAAACAACUCACUUGUUUGCAGAUUUUAGUAAGCUGAAACCUGAAGAUGCUAAAGUCAAUAUAUCUGAAGCUGCAGCACAAGGGGUGAACUGUUUAAAGCCAGAGUACAUUGCAGAUUACCUAAUGAAGGAACCACCGCCUCCUACCAACAAUUACUGUCUCCCGGUUGCGGUUUCCGAUUUACAGGUUGCAAAUACCACAGUAUCCCGCAAAAGAAAAAACUCUGGUGAAAACAAUGAUGUGAAAAGGUCUCGGAUUAACUAAAAUGGGAAUUUUAUGUAAUGUAUUAUUUAUAUGUAUUUUUUUAUCCCAUUUGUCUUCAUUGUCUUACUUGUAUAAAAAAAAAAAUCUGUUUUAUUAAUAAUAAAAGUGUCAUUUAACUGUGCUACCUUUUUGUAUUAAAAAAAAAUUGCAAAAUAUAUUACUUGUAAAACCAAAGUAGUUGGUCCAUAGAACAGACCUAACCCUUAUUCUAUUACUGUACCUGUCCCAGGUGCUAUUCUUAUUGUAUACAUGCUGGUAUUGUGGCAUAAUGCUGUUUAGCAUAGUUUCAAUGACUACCAUUGAAACCAUGAAUACCAUCUAUGAAUUCAUAUUUAUUUUUGAUAGUGUUAGCAUCGAUUGUUGGCCAUUACAUGAAACCUGCUGUACAAAUGUAUAUAUUUUUGGAAUCUUUUAGAAUACAAUAAAAGAAAAACAACCUUUUAGAC